AGGACGGUCACGAGAAUUUGACAGAAGAUCACACGAUAAGCACGUGAUAAGCCCUCAGGGACCGAACACAUCUGGCGGCUACAUACAGCACAUUUCAAUUCUGAGUUCUUGUGACGAAGACACAGGCCACAACGUUUGUAUUCCGAGAAACAAUCCAGUCACGAGCACAUUGACCUGAUUUCGAACACAACGGAUCGAUCAGUCCGCGGUGAUCAUCACGCUAGUGCACUUGAGCAUGAGCCCGAGUCGAGCCCGAAGCAGUUCUGUUCUGACCAUCCGCCAUGCGAUGUAGCUGUCUUCUGUAGAUUAUCAGUCACCGCAGCAGCUUGAAGAUCUGUAGCUUGUCUCCGAAAGCCAUCAUCAUGGGCUGCCAAUCCAGCAAGAUUCAUCUGCUCUGCGGAACCCUAUAAAUGUUGGGCAGAGUAAGAUGAAGAAGUUCAACCCGACAUGUCUGCUCCCCUGAUCUCCCAUGCAAAGCCCGGACUGAAAGUCCUCUCCUUCGGCUACUCUCGCACUGGGACGUCUUCCAUGAGACAAGCCCUGGAGGAGCUUGGAUACAAACCUACCAACCACGGAUUUGAUAUCUUCGAGCCUGAGGCAGUCGUUGACAUGUGGACUCGCGCGAUUGUGGCCAAGUUCUGGGGCAUCGGGGAGCCACUCAGCGCCGAUGAAUGGCGCGCUUUUCUGGAGCCGUUUCAGGGUGUCACGGACAUGCCCCACUACCUGUUCGUUGACGAACUGCUAGCCGCGUUUCCCGAUGCGAUGGUCCCCGUGACGCACCGCGACACGGAAGCGUGGUGGGCCUCAUUCUCCACCACAGUUCGACCGAUGCUCCGCCCGAUGUCACUCACGCCAGCGGCGACUGAUCCGCAGAACUCGCCUGCCGGCCGGCGCAUCCGGCUCGGUACGAUCAUCUUCAGUGCGUUCUUCGGCGUGGCGCCGGAUGCCGCGACCCCCGAAAGCUUCACGAAGGAGCGGGGCGUCGCAGCUUACGAGGCCCAUUACGCGCAUCUUCGGGCCGUCGUGCCGAAGGACAGGUUUCUGCAAUUUCAUGUCGCUGAAGGUUGGGGUCCCUUGUGCGCGUUCUUGGGCAAGGACAUCCCGGACAUCCCGUUUCCGAGAGUUAACGACGCGGAGCAAUUCAGAGCUGUGAUGCCUGGGAUCGUCGAGACUGGGAACCAGGGAACGCGAUACUAG